AUGGAAGAAGUUAGCAUGAUUUCGCAUACAAAGCUAGCAGAGGAGUCCUCGGAAUCGGCCAAUUUUCCGGUGUCGAAGCGGCCCAAAUCGACCGAGCGGUUCAAGGGCGUUGUUCCGCAGCAGACCGGGCAUUGGGGGGCGCAGAUUUACGCGAACCACCACCGUAUCUGGCUCGGGACGUUUAAGUCCGAGGCAUCGGCCGCGAUGGCUUACGACAGCGCGGCGAUGAAGCUCCGUAGCGGAGAUUCCCGCCGGAAUUUCCCUCCGACGGUCCUCGCCCCUCUGGAAUUGAAGUUCCAGAGCGGGCUCACCACGGACUCCGUGCUGAACAUGAUCCGGGACGGGUCGUAUUCGACGAAAUUUUCGGACUUUUUAGCUAGCCAGAAGAAGCAAGGGGAUGAAAAAUUAGGGUUAGGGUUUCAAUUAGGGUUAGGGUUUGAUUCGGCGAGCGACGGCAACGGGGAGUUUUCGAGCACGCUGCUAUUCCAGAAGGAGCUGACACCGAGCGACGUGGGGAAGCUGAACCGGCUGGUGAUCCCGAAGAGGUACGCGGUGAAGUACUUCCCGGGGGUGCCGGAGGAGGAGCAGGUGCAGCUCGAGUUUUACGAUAGGGCGAUGAGGGUGUGGAAGUUCAGGUACUGCUACUGGAAGAGUAGCCAGAGCUUUGUGUUUACGAGGGGGUGGAGCCGGUUCGUGAAGGCCAAGGGGCUGAGGUCGAACGAUAGUGUCGCGUUCUACUUGUACGAGAGUCGGAGAUUGGGGAGGAGGUUUACUGUGAUUGAUGUGGCUGAGAAAGAUGGGGAUUUUGGUGAAGUGGUUGAAGAAAAAGAAGAAGAAGCAAAGGAGACAUUGCUUUGCUCAUCUCCUAGUAGUAAUGGGACUAAAGUGAGUUUUAGGCUUUUUGGUAUUGAAAUAAGCAAUUAUGUUUGA